AUGAAGGCAGCUGUACGGGGCGUUGAUUAUUUUGUACGCGGAGAGGAACUGCUGAAGUAUCUGGACAGGCUAGCUCUCGAAGAAUUGAAGCAGAAGCAGAAGAAGGCAACGGUCCACACUCUCCUACCAGCAUCGUCUUCUACCGGCGGAGGAGCUGGAGGUGGGGAAACCUCAAGUAUGCCUGCUAACGACCAGGCUGACAACCUUAUCAGAGCAGAGCAGCAUUCAGGGGUGGUGCUGAGGAUAUCUGGUGGAGCAACGACUGAGAAACUACUCACACCGAAUGGAGGAACGACAGACACCCAGAAUAAUGAUUCCGAGACGGUGCAGCUGCAGCAACAGGACACCGACAUCAACGUUACCAGAGCUCACGACAGCUUGGACGACUACAUGGCCUUUAACUCAGACGGGGAAACCGAUGAUGGCUUCGAUAACAACGAUGACAAGUUGAACUUUGAGGCACUGGAUUCAUACGAUGACGACGAUAUCGCCCCUCAUGACGUGAUGUUCGGGGAUGAACUGCUGGCUGCUGUUGGUGGUAUUGAGGGGAUUUUAGCGGACGUUUUGGACCCCUAUCCCUACAUGGAUGAGCCGUAUGAACCCCGACCGGCCAAUUCGAUGUAUAACGAUUAUCCUGGUCUGUACGAUGGAGACUACGGACCAAACGCGGAGGAGGAUAUUGCCCUGGCCAGUGAAGAGUAUUUUCACGAGAAACUAGACGAGCGCGUUGACGUGCAGUACGAAUGGUAG